AUGUUUAGAUUAAAGAAAAGUGAAAAUCUUGCACGGUUUUUGUAUCAGAAAACUCUGCAAAAUAUGGCUUAUUCAAUAGGCUAUGAUCCCUGUUCCCAUUUGAGCAAGGCUAAUGCGAGGUCUCGCGGCUUUGCGUCGGAUUUGGAAAAAGGGAGUUCUGUUGGAGGUGAUGCUACUCUUGUUAAAGUUGAUGAUGGGGGACUAAGUGGAAGUCCUGAUAUGCCUCGUUGUUUCCGGGAUCGACGUUUGUCUGAGAAAGUUGUUGUUGCUGUUGAUGUGGAUGAGGUACUGGGAAACUUUGUGUCGGCUCUCAACAAGUAUAUUGCAGAUCAAUAUUCAUCAAAUUAUUCAGUUUCUGAAUAUCAUGUGUACGAAUUCUAUAAGAUAUGGAACUGUUCGCGUGAUGAAGCUGAUAUUCGCGUUCACGAGUUUUUUAAGACGCCAUAUUUCAAGUCAGGGAUUCACCCUCUCCCAGGUGCUCAGAUGGCAGUUCAAAAGUUAUCAAGAUUUUUUAACCUAGCAGUUGUAACGUCUCGGCAGAAUGUAAUUAAGGAUCACACAAUUGAAUGGAUAGAGAAGAAUUUCCCAGGACUGUUUCAUGAGAUUCACUUUGGUAAUCACUUUGCUCUUGAUGGAAUAUCAAGACCAAAAUCAGAGAUUUGUAGGUCUUUAAAUGCCAAGGUUCUUAUCGAUGAUAACCCGCGGUAUGCCAUAGAGUGUGCUGAUGUUGGAAUUAAAGUCCUACUUUUUGAUUAUGAAAACUCGUAUCCUUGGUCCAAGAACGAGUUAGUUGAUGAGCACCCUUUGGUGACCAAAGUUAAGAACUGGAAAGAAGUGGAACAACAAUUGAUGUCACUGGUAGCUUCAUAG